AUGAGAACCAUUUUAUUGCUUUUUUUCAUUGAUGCACAUUCAAAACUGAUAGGCUAUUCCCCCGGGGUGGACAAUUCUGUGUCAUUUUCGACUAACAAAAUAACUGCAGUAAGUCUGACUAAUUCCACAUUACGAGCAAUUGGCAACAACCUUCAUUCCCUGGCCUAUACUCAAUCGUCCUUCAACUGCACCAACAAUUCUUUAAUAUUUCCUAAUUCCUUUGUCCCAUUGGGUGACUAUGCUGACAUUAUGGUGAUAUUCCCUCAUGUCGGGACAUUUUUCUCAUGUUUAUGCACAAAAAAGUCAUGUGAGCACCAGGGAAACUGGACUGCCAUAACCGUAAUUAAAAAACCGCAUGCCAAAAUUCCUUUAUGGAUUGCCAUUCUUUUGGUGAUAAUUUGUGUGUUGCUGUCUGCACUUUUCAGUGGAUUAAACUUGGGACUCAUGUCUCUCAAAUUGACGGAAUUGGAGAUUUUUGAACAAUGUGGGUCGGCAUUGGAGAAAUCCUACGCACGGAUAAUUCGGCCAGUCAGAAAACAUGGAAACUAUCUUUUGUGCACAAUUCUCUUUGGAAAUGUGCUGGUGAUGACUUCACUCACAAUUAUCCUGACUGAAUUGGUUGGACCUGGCUUUCUCGCAGGGAUCUACUCCUCUUUCUCUAUAGUUAUCAUUGGGGAAAUUGUUCCUCAGGCAAUCUGUUCUAGACACGGGCUUAUGAUUGGGGCCAAAACUAUUUGGUUGACCAAAUUAUUUAUGGUGAUGACAUUUCCACUGUCAUUUCCGGUUUCAUUUGUACUGACUAAGCUAAUUGGAGAAAACAUUGACCGUGGAUACAGCAAUGAGCAAUUAAUGGCUCUUAUAUCUAUUGAAACACAACGUGACGAGGAGUACAGACAUAAUGAGAUGGACAUAAUCAACGGGGCUCUUCAAAUAAGCAAAAAAAUGGUGGGGGAGGUCAUGACUUACAUCGAUAAUGUGUUUAUGCUUGGAUAUGAUGCGGUCCUCGACUUUGAGACACUCCAAAAGAUAGCAGCCAUGGGAUUCACUCGGAUCCCCAUUUUCGGGAAAUCUGUCAAUGAUAUUGUCGCCAUUCUGAAUGUGAAACAUCUCAUGGUAGCCGAUCCAGACGCCUGUCUCCCCGUCCGUACUGUUUGUGAUUUUUACCGUCACCAACUUAUAACCAUCCGAGAAGACACUCCGCUGGACGUUAUUCUUAAAAUAUUCAUAUCUGGUAAGUUAUUGCUCUCAUUCUUAGUCAAGUCUCACAUGGCUAUAGUUCUCCGAGGCGAUGGUUCGUCUGAUGUCGUGGGAGUUAUCACAUUGGAGGAUAUUGUCGAGGAGAUCAUUCAGGCCGAAAUCAUAGACGAGACCGACAUCAUCAGUUAUAUUUUGUUCUCAAUUUUUAGCCGACAACCGCAGUCGAGUCAAAAGAAAUAUAAAAGUAAAUAUCGAAACAGUCGAAUACUUUCACUCUCGACACAAGUCGAUGCGUACAUUUUAUCCUCAAAGAUAAAAGAAUCAAAAAGCUUGUCUCCAUUUACUAAAUCUCAAAAUGAUUCGGAAAAUGAAGAUUCGAUAAGCUUAGGGCAACUUGCCGACGAAAACAACAAUUUCUGGUUAAAUCAAAAUGUUUUAAAAAAGUUUGAGACUUAUGAAGUAAUCAAAGAUAAUUUGAACGAUGAAAUUCAAGAAGAGCAAGAAAAUGACGUCGAGCCAAAAUUUAUAUUCCUCGAAUCGGAAUCUAAACAUAAAGACCCUAAUAAAACAUUAAGUAACAAUUUUGAUUUGAAAGCUAAUUCUGAUUUGAGGAAAAAGUGUCGUGAUAAAAAAGAAACCUUAGAGAUCAAAGAAAACGUAGAGAUUGAAAAAAAUCCAUUUGAUUUUGAUUUUUUAUUUUAA